AUGAGCUGGCUUAACGUAGCGAAGAAUUUUGUCUCAUUUCAAUUCCAAUCGAGUCAAGUUCUUAAAAAAACAUUCGAUGGAGGUGAACAUCCUUUUCAUUUACAUGGGCAUAACUUUUGGAUCAUUGCAACAUCAGAUUAUCCCGAUGCCGAAGAUCUAUACAAGAAUGACUAUAUUCAACGAGAUACCGUUAGUGUUCCUGGAUCAGGCUGGGUGAAAAUUCGUUUUCUGGCGGACAAUCCCGGUGCUUGGUUUUUUCAUUGUCAUAUCGAAUGGCACAUGUCAGCAGGAUUAGCUUUAGCCUUUCUCGUUUCGCCCGAUCAACUGAUAGCCAAUGGUUUCAAGAUAUCAUCUGAACAGAGAAGUUUAUGUCGAGCCUUGAAACAAUUCAAUGGCAAAAAUCAAACGAACUCUAAUUUUCAUUGA